AAGACACUUCCCCGUCCUCUGCCCUUCCAUUCUCUCCCUCGCUGAUUCAAACCGAAGCUCGAAAGAAGGGAAUUAGGUAACACACAGAGAGAAAAAUGGAGGGUUACACUCGACAGAUCUGGUUGGCAGUGGCGACGUUGACCUUGCUGGCUGUAUCAGCUGUGGCGGACGACGUCCUCGUGUUAAGCGAAGACAACUUCGAGAAGGAAGUCGGCCAGGACAAAGGCGCUCUGGUCGAGUUCUACGCUCCCUGGUGUGGCCACUGUAAAAAACUUGCUCCCGAGUAUGAGAAGCUUGGAGCGAGCUUUAAGAAGGCGAAGUCUGUUUUGAUCGCCAAGGUGGACUGUGAUGAACACAAGAGUCUCUGUUCCAAGUAUGGGGUUUCUGGAUACCCAACUCUCCAAUGGUUCCCCAAAGGGUCUCUGGAACCCAAAAAGUAUGAAGGACCGCGUACUGCUGAAGCCCUUGCUGAGUAUGUGAAUUCUGAAGGAGGAACCAAUGUGAAGCUAGCUAUUCCCCCAUCUAAUGUGGUGGUAUUAUCAACAGAGAACUUUGAUGAGAUUGUCUUGGAUGAAUCUAAAGAUGUCUUGGUUGAGUUUUAUGCUCCUUGGUGUGGUCACUGCAAGAAUCUUGCUCCUACCUAUGAAAAAGUAGCAACUGCUUUCAAAUCGGAGGGUGAGGUUGUUAUUGCCAAUCUUGAUGCUGACAAGUACAAGGAUUAUGCUGAGAAGUACGGAGUAAGUGGGUACCCUACAUUGAAAUUCUUCCCGAAGGGAAAUAAGGCCGGAGAAGAUUAUGAUGGCGGAAGAGACUUGGAGGACUUUGUUACUUUCAUCAAUGAAAAGUGUGGUACCAGUCGUGAUGCAAAUGGGCAACUUACCUCCAAAGCUGGUAUAGUUGAAAGUCUGGAUGCCUUGGUGAAAGAAUUUAUUGCUGCUGGUGGUGACGAGAAGAAAGCAAUCUAUUCCCGACUUGAAGAAGAAGUUGCCAAACUAAACGGUUCGCCUGCAAGAUAUGGGAAAAUUUACCUGAAAGCUGCUAAGAACAGUAUGGAGAAAGGUGCUGAAUAUCCAAAGAAAGAAAUUGAGAGGCUGCAGCGAAUGCUUGAAAAGUCAAUUAGCCCAACUAAAGCUGAUGAGUUCACCCUCAAGAAGAACAUCCUCGUAGCAUUUGCUUGAUCUAGUGGGUUCCCUUUGUAUUUCACACCUCAGAAGAUUUGCAAAUUCGUAGCUUGACUGAUUCCGGGUUUGCCCUGCAGUCUUUAAGACACUUGAUACGAUAAUAGAUCGAGGUCGUGGUGAAAGCAAAGUACUGUAGGUCUCGACUUAAUCUAGCAUGCGAACUUAGAGAGCUCUUGUUUUUUCUUUGGAGUGUUCAGAUACAUUGAGUUACAGUUUCUCCUGUAUCGUAGCUUUCUUUUCUUCAUAUAUUCAGCAGGAAUUUUGAGGAUGAAAUACCGUCUUAUAAUAGGAGCUUUCAGCCAGUGGCGAGUGCUCCACUGAUCGUCUACUUUUUUCCUGCCCCUUGCCCUUCUUUUCUUUCUACGAAGUGACUUUUGUGCCCUUGAACAUUACGUUGCAGAAGAGCUCUGUUUAUGAUUUCAGCUCUGUUUGCUUAAGAACACGCGUUGUAAAAAACUCUAAGUUACAUACACAGACAAUCGGAAAGCCUAGGAUUUGGCUGAAUCCAUCGCCAUUGACAGAACCUAAAGAGCAAGUUAGCAUCUAGGCACAUCUGCUUUCACUUCAUCGUUGGCAUGUGAUUCAGACUCGCUACUAAGCUCAGGUGCCGAGAUUUUCAUGGGAGAACAAUCCUCAAUAUGAUAUUCCCUCUCGUCUUCAACCAUGGGCUUCAUGUAAGAACAUGGCCUCUCCUCGCUCUCUAUGUUCGGUGCGUGAAGCUCUUGUCCUGACGCGAACGGCAGUUCGUCGGAUGAUGGUCCAGGUGGUUGUGUUCUCAUCUGCACCGACCGCAGCAGGGCAGCCCUCCUCAAGUCAGCCGAGUGACAAAUGUCGCUUGGGGAGGAUGGGAAACGGCCCUCGGAGUCUGAACCUCGCGGCUGCCUCAGCUGGGUGCUCGCUAUGCAGGUGUGCGGAAUGGGAGAAGCAGCACAAUAGAAACCUCUUUGGUAUCGAUAUGGAGAUACUGGACUGGUUGGAAUGCUUUCAGGCUGGGAUGAGCUGCAAGCGUUGUUUGCUGAAGUCGUCUCACUGCAGAAUCUGUAAUCGUCCGAAUCUUCUGACAUUGGGGAGUACUGCUGCAAUGGCAUUUCGUCCCUGAAACAAUGAAUUUUGAGAGAAACGUUGAAGAAUCCCCAGACAAACUGCACACUACCAGUAAUAAGGGCUUUCAGACCUCCCUGGAGAGUCCAUAAGAUUAUCAGUCAAUGAGUCCCCGACCGUCAAUCCAUUCAAGCUAGACGCCAUCAUCUGCCCAAAUAACGCUUGUGAGAGUGAAGAUUGUCGAGGUAGACCUCAUCUUCACGAUCUCGGCUUCGCUUCCCAUUGGAAGACGGCGAUGGUGAAUUCGGAUCCGACCCCAUUUCCCGACUUUCGCUCUUUUAUAUCAUCAAAAUGGGGAAAUUCUCCGAAGCCCGGGAAAUGGAAGAAGCAACGAAUUCCCAAUCGCUAGAACAGCUGAAAGUUUCCUAGGCGAGCUCACAGGUGCAAAAUUUGGGAGGUAGGAUCAUCAGUUCCAGAAGGUGAGAAAGCAGAAGCUCGCCGUCUUCGCUUUUGUCUUCGGCCGAAGUGAUGCGACAUGGGAACCUGUGUUACAGAGAAAAUCGAAUAACCGAUUAUUAUUAUUAGU